AUGGAAGAGGACGACGGCUCUGUGGGCGGCAGAUCGAUAGGACAAGCGGUCACUCGCCGUGAGGCUUCCGGUCAGAACCUCAUUCUUCGAUUUCCUCUUAUGCUUGCUAAUAUACUGAAAGAACUCCGCUUCUUUGAUUCUGUGGUGAUGAAGAAUAAAGCUUUCUUCAAACUACUACAUAUCCUAAAACCGCGAUGUGCUGGUUACUGUUGUGUGGUGCGCAAAUCACAGUGCUAG